AAUCGAUAAUUUCUUUUACAAUUCAUCCAGUACUGAAGUUGGUUGAAUCGUUUGAUACAGUCGGGAGGCUCAUUGGAGCUGUAGGAUUUACUCUUAAAGAUGGCUUGUUCAGGAAUCAACGAGCAUCAUGAGGCGAGACGACGACAAAACCAAUACGAGAGAAAGGCUUUUGUUCGCAUGAUGAUACUGAAAGACAAUGAGCGUGAUGACUGUCAGCUGAUGCAGGCUCCUCAAGGUUCUUACGAGACAGAGCUAGUUCAUCUCAGAAAAUUGGGAAGUCCUCCUGGAGACACAUCAGGCUUAGGUCAUGACCCCUUAUCUACAGACAGGCAAAGAAGAGAAGAUUUAAGACAACAACAAAAUGUAGAAUAUUCGGCUAAAUUGCCCAAAAGAUUUAAUAUGGACCAGGAGAGGUCCAGUCCAAUGUUUUAG